AACAAAAACAAGCUCCAUAAUCUUAUGAACAUCUGAUGCCUAAUUUUGUUUCCGUUCGGUUUAGUUGAAAAGUUUAAGAAAAUAAAACGCAGUAAAGUAACUUAGCCUUAAGCAGGAACGUCUUAUUCACACAUGAAGCUCCUUUACACUCUGUGCUUUAAACCUUUUAAAACCUGGCACAUUUUCUGGAGUAGUAUAUGAAUUUGAUAACUUGCAUCACUUAAACUCUAAAACAGAACCUGAUCACAUCCAGCCAGUUCAGUAUUUAUGAUCAGUGUCUUUUUGGAUAUAAUUUUUGUUGUUGUUGUGCUUUUAAUUUCAAUAUGGAGAAUGAUCAGGUGUAGAUUUGGACACCAUGCCUAAAUUCCGUGAACUGGAAGCUGAGUCUCCUCAUCAUCCUCAUCCUCAUCAUCCUCAUCCUCAUCAUCCUCAUCCUCAUCCUCUGCUGGCCAACAGAUACGUCAUUCAGCAGAGACUCGGCAGGGGAAGUUUCGGCACUGUGUAUCUCAUUGAAGACACAAAAAUGACAAUCAGAGACAAACUUAAAGUUCUGAAGGAGAUCCCAGUUGGAGAUUUGAAGCCGGAUGAGACGGUGAAGGCCACACAGGAAGCUCAGCUCCUCUCGCAGCUCCAUCAUCCAGCCAUCCUCAGAUUCUACACCAGCUUCCUGGAGAGAGACGCUUUCUGCAUCAUCACCGAGUUCUGCGAGGACGGGGAUUUGGAGUGUAAGCUGGAGCGGUUGCGUGUCUCAGGAGAAGCUCUGUCUGAGUCUCAGAUCAGGGAGUGGCUCGUUCAGCUGCUGCUGGGGGUCGACUACAUGCACGAGAGGCGGAUUCUACACCGAGACCUGAAAACCAAGAAUGUGUUCCUGAAGAAGAACGCUGUAAAGAUCGGUGAUUUUGGCGUGUCAUGCCUGCUGAUGGGGUCAUGUGACUUCGCCACCACGUUCACAGGAACGCCUUACUACAUGAGUCCUGAGGCUCUCGGUCACCAAGGUUACGACUCCAAAUCAGACAUGUGGUCUUUAGGCUGCAUCCUGUAUGAGAUGUGCUGUCUGAAACAUGCCUUUGAGGGACACAACUUCCUGUCCGUGGUGCAGAAGAUCAUGGAAAGUUCCACGCCGUCCCUGUCGGAGAAAUACUCACCAGAGCUCAACUCCUUAAUGCAGAGGAUGUUGGAGAAAUCCCCGUCACUGAGGGUUUCCGCAGCUGAAGCUCUGAGCAGUAGCGUUAUUAAGGAGCUGACUCAGUGUGUGAAGCAGCAGCUCUCGGAGGGGACGGCGGGGGACGACAGAGACGCGUCUCACAUCGCUAGCGUGCUGCAGAAGAAAGUGCACCUGCAGACGCUGAGGGAAAGGUCAGAGGUCGAGAAGAUGAGUCCUCGAGAGCGGAUGAGGCUGAGGAAGCAGCAGGCCGCUGACGACAGAGCCAGGAAGCUAAAACAUAUUGUGGAGGAGAAAUAUAAAGAAAAUCAGCAGCGCAUGAUCGAGCUCCGGUCCAAAAACUUCCAAAGAGUCAGCAUCAACGUUCUCACUGAGAAAGCUGAGGACACAGUGAGACAAAUCCAGCCAAUCAGACAAGAGGAUGCUACACCAAGCAGCCAUCCUGGACCAAUGGGAGAGCAGCUCACUGAACAUGACAUCCCUGAGGACCCUCAGGCAGCAGAAGUGUAUUAUUCUGAAGAUGGAUUCGAGUCGUGUUCAGAUGAAGAUGAUUUCUGCUCUGAAGUUCCCACACAGGACAGUGAUCUGGAGGCCGUGGUGCGACACAUGGAGGACGUUCUGGGGGAGAAAUCUGUUGCAGGUGAAGCUGACGGAGGUGUGUCUCACGCGGGUGUGUAUGGACCGCUCAGCAUCAACAGCACCAUGGAUUAAUUCUAAUCCAGAACAUGAGAGAAGGUUUAUUUCAUCUAAAUGCUCUUAUAAUUUAUUCUAAAAUCCCAAAUGUAAUUUCACUGCUGAUCGCUCUGAACGAUCCUGACGCACACGGCGGGUUUAACUGGUCGUCACUAACCUCAGACUUCUGCUUUACAUUUUUACUUUUCACUCACAAUGACAUGACACGUCUCUGUAGCAGAAAAUAAAAUCUAUGAAACGCUGAAGCGAGAGCGAUGAUUAGAGAGGAUUUGGCUGCUGCUGUGUGAGGCUGGACGGCCGAGCGCUCUGUGUCCGCCUUCAAAUCUGCGAUAAAAAGAAGCUGAUUGAAAAAAUCAAUUCAAUUACUGCAACACCUUCAAUCCAUUCAGAAGUUUUCAGUUUGAUUUUCAGAGAUUUUUCUUGCCGAGCUAAUGCAAAAGUUUUGCUUUGUGAUGUGAUCAGCUGAGGAAACUUUGAACUUUUUGCUUUUUAGAUUUUCUCUCUCAAAUGUACAUUUAUAUUUAACGAAAAUAAAUAAAUAAAGUGGAAAAUAAAGUGGACUUUAUUUCCCACUUCGGCUUUUCCAAGUCAGAUAUUUUCACACGUCCAUUACACCCUUCAUGUUCGCUUUUAUUCAGCCUUUAUUCUGCACUGAACAUUUUUCACUACAAGUGUCGAGAUUUGGACUUUUACAGCGGAUCGCUUUUAUUUAUUGGUAUUUGUGGGUCACUUAGAACUUUUAGCUAACAAGUUAAAUAAGAGUUUACGGAGGUUAUAAUCAGCUUCAUGUGGCAUUUAUUUCUGUUUGUGAAAGCUGACAGCAGUGGCUUCUGUGCUGGACAAUAAUCUUGGUUGUGAAGAUUAUCUACACUUAAAAAAAAAAAAGA